AUGGAAACAUUACGGCUCAAACCACGGCAACCGGUCGAGGAUGUGGUGGAAAACUGGGACGAUGACGAUUUCAUGAUUGAUGGCGAUGAUAUCACAUUUCGGAGCGGCUCGACAGCUGCACAAAAUACAGGCAGCCGCCGUGACUCGCUCUCUUCUUUCCGCUCUGAUUUUGAGUCUAUUCAUGCCGAGGAUGAGCAGCAGGUACUCGUUCCAGGGGACGACGAAAAGUCCACGUCAGAUGCCAUUGCUUUGGCCGCCAGUGCAGGCAUUCCUCUGCCCACAAACGUCCCACCAUCAGCCCUGAUGGGUGGCACUAUCAAAAGGCUAGGGGGCCAAAAAAUCAGAAAGAUCUUUGAGGAAGAUUGGGGAGACGAUCUGGAACUACCAGAUGACCCACAACCGCUUCGAGUGAAGCCACAAGACGGCUCCAAUUUUCCCGAUGCACUUCAGCAAGUCGGUGGCAGCUCUAGCCCGACAAGCCCGACGAGAUCAACCAAGGCUGUUUCCAUGGAGGGCCUUCUUCACCAAGAGCCAGUUGUUGUCGCUAGAAGGCAGUCGGAUGCCCAACUUGGUUCUGUCAACCUAGACAUCUUCCGCGACACGGACGACGAGGAUGACUUUUUUGACGGUGGUUCCACCAUCAGAGUGUCCAAGCAUCGACAGAUACCAAAGCCGAUAUCAUUGAUCACACCGCCCACACCCCAGAGGAACGAUGCGGCCGAUGACGAUUUCGAACACGAUCUCGAGUUGCCAUCCGACGGUAAGCUCACGCUGACCAAGCGCAAAGACAUUCCCAGAACGCCUCUCCUCAGCACAUUGGAUGAGUUUGAAUGGGGCGAAGGCAGUCUGGGCACCCGGCACGGUGGCACCCGUCGCGAUGGGCUCUCCAACCGCAGCUCCUCUGUGUCUGCCCUGAGCCCGAGCGUGUCAAGCUCUAUCACGGCCGAGAGCGAAGGCGAGGACGACACGUUUGACGGCAUUGUACUUCCUACCGGCACAGUCGACUUUGAAGAGAGACUGAAGAAGAGACGCACCAGCCGGUCGCCGCACCGGCCAACACAGUCAGAGGAUAUCCAUGCAACCCAGACCAAGGGGCAGUGGCAACCCUCAGCGCAAGCACAGCAAAAGCAGCCGCAGCAAGCAGCAACAACGGGCCCGACACAAGGAUUUUACACCAAGCACCACCAGCAGCAUCAAUCGCUUCCGGAGGAAGACGUGCUGGAUGGUUUUGAUCUUGGUGACCGCGAUGUGUUUGAUGCCAAUCGAUUGACAUAUCACCGCAAUGUCCGCAUCAAGUCUGCUCGGGCGACAAGCCCGGUCCGUCCGAAGGCUGCGGUUUCCAUCACGUUCAAGCAAACCCCGUCACUGUCUCGGUUGCCCAGGCCUAUGAGUGGCCAUGAACGGACACAAACGGCACCAUCCUUGGAGCCCGUGUCGGAAAGCGGCGGUCCGAUCUACAACAUGGCACGGCGUUCUCAGUCGCGUGCCGGGCAUUCAGCCCAGUCAUCCUUGUCCAGCAUCCCUACCCCCACGACUCCGUCUACGGCCCAGUCCAUGCCACCGCCCUCGACUCCUCGUCGGAGAGAAGCAGGCAACCACAAGAUGUCGGCCGUCUCCUUGCGGAAUGAGCCCACGACAACCAAUGCUCAACUUCUACGCCUGAAGCGGUCACUGCCGGCCAUCCGACAGCUCCCGCCCGCUACACGACCAGUAACCCGAGGAUAUGAUCGGCCACCCUCAAGGUCUGAGUCGGGCAGCCGUGGGCAGUUGCCUGCAAGGCCGAAGACUCCUGUCGAGAGGACGCGUGUUGGCCAGGAGAGUGCCACAGCGCAGGCGAGGAAGAACCCACUGCCGUUUCUGCCAGCCGGGGCCUCUCAGUCGCAGUCUCAUCACGUCACUGCGAAGAACUCGCGCGUAUUUCGCCGUCAGGAUUCGGAACCAUCGAUUGAGAUCCCUCCUAGCUCGCGAGCGGUGUCCCGGUCGACGAUGCGUUCCCCAAGUCCGGCAAGGCGGCACCGUUAUACCGUGGACAAGAUCACACAGGACAGGUCGUGGCAGCAGCUUAGCAAGCCUCGGCGAAUGCGGCAGUUUGGCGACGGCCAUGAACUGGACGGUUUCGAUGACUUGCCGACGUCGGUACAGGUGGAGGAAACGUUUCUGCGGCAGCCGAUGUCGUCCUUGUCGGCGAAGUCGCAGCUGCGCAGCAAGAUGUACCAAAAUAUUCUUCCGGAUCGCACCGUCACGCCAUCGCCGUCGGGGCUGUGUUCGGCGGCCAGACUCGAUAAUUUGCCGCAUUUUGCACGCGACACGGCGGCGAGCCGGAUCGCUCGAGAGACGUCUCUUGCUCAACGCACGCCAUCCGGGCCGUUGGCGCCGCUGACGGCGCAGAGAGUGGCUCAGCUGUCAACACGCAGCAACUAUGGCGCUCCAGCUAUUCCGCGCGACACGGUGCGGUCCAAGAAGUCGACACGCCGACCGCCGCAGCUGAAGCCUCACCUGAUCUCCAACCUAGGUGGGGGGAAGGAGUCGAAGACGGUCAACGGGAUGUACUACAACCCGGCUAACAUGCGGUGGGAGGGCAAUGAGAAUGCGCUUACGGAUUUCGAUCCGCCGGCAUCAUCGCCGUCUACGGCGUCUAUUGCUCCGUACCUGCACCGGGAGAGGGAGAGCGCGACACCCCGACCUGCGCUUAUCACGCCUAUCGGGGCUACAAAAGGGGUGCAAGUGGUUGGAGGGAUGGUUUUCGACCCGCAGAACAUGUGCUGGCUGAAGUUGGGGCCGCAGAACGCCAAGGCAGAGGCCGAUGACGUGAUGGAUGGGUUCAACGGCAUCGAUAGCGACGAAGACGUUUUCAAAGACAUCCCGGACCUGGAGGACAUGGCAGACACGACAGAAGCAGGCGGUGGACGUUCGAGCGAAAUUAAGGAUGACUGGCUCGUGGGAGAAGAGUUCGACGUGGGCCCCGAGUUUGUCCGGCGCCAGCGGGAGGAAGAACAACGGUGGAGGAAGAAGUGCGAGAGAUGGAUGACCUUGGAAGAGCGGGACCAGAGCACAUGGCGCUGGCUUCUCCGCGAGAUGGUGACUCAUCCGAUCUGA